AUGGUGUCAGCUAACGACCCAGUUGAGUCUUUCUUCAAUUCCAUUCAUGUUUUGAAGGAAUCGCUGUCACCACUUGAAGUGGGUUUUCGAAAGGCGGCCAAGGAUUUUGAGCAUCGUUUUGCAGGUGCAAAGAACAGUAGGAAUGGUGUUUGUUUAAUUGCCCAAGUGAGAGAUGGUGGUGAAUUUCAGAUCUGUGAUGUCAAGAAGAAAAAAGGGCUGUCUAUGAAGGUUCCUGUGAAGGCUUUUUUGGGUAUAUUUUCACAGAAUUCAGGGAAUGUAAAUAAAACUCAGGUUGUUAAGGAAAAUGAUUCUUCUUGCAUCAAUUGCUUGCAGUUUUCUGUGACUUGGUCUUUGUUGGUUAAUGGGUUUAUUCAGUCUUUGCCGAUUCCUUUUAAAAAUGGGAAGAAGAGGUUGCAGAAAGUGUGUGAUGAGGAUACUAAUAAGGAAAAGUAUUCAUGCAUGAAGCAAACUUUUUCAUCAUGUGAAGUGAAGCAUAAUGAGUCUAAGGGUCAGUUUGUUAGAACAGGUAAGGAAAAGGUUGUGAAGAGGAAAGAUGAAAAACAUGUUUCGCUUGAAUGUUUUAUAGGUUUUAUCUUUGAUCAGUUAUCUCAUACACUUCAAAGUCUUGAACAUGGAAUAAAUGGAAUGCAAGAGAAAAAUGAAGCUGAGUGUGGAAAAACUUUGUUGCAUUCAGCUCCUUUUGAUCACGUGAAUGCAUUCACUAGCUUCUUGGAAGAGCACAAGGUAAAUGUGAAUGGUUUCUUAGGGAAUUUGAAUUUUGCGAAGGUAGGUGGUGUGCCAACAAGUGCAGGUGGAGAAGAAAUCACUUCACAAAAUGAAAUGGGAGAGGUCACUAAUGAUGAAAAUAAGGAAGAAAGUGUGGGGAAUUUGGCGCAGAAGGUUGCCUCGAACAUAUUCAGCAUUCCCUUAACAAAUGUAGAGCGUCUAAAGACUACACUUUCCACGGUUUCAUUGACAGAAUUGAUUGAACUGCUACCGCAGCUUGGGAAAGCAUCGAAAGACCAUCCUGAUAAGAAGAGGCUAUUCUCUGUACAAGAUUUCUUUAGAUACACAGAGUCCGAAGGGAGGAGGUUCUUUGAGGAGUUGGAUAGAGACGGUGAUGGCCAAGUAACUUUAGAAGAUCUAGAAAUUGCAAUGAGAAGGAGAAAGCUUCCUCGUAGAUAUGCUAAAGAAUUCAUGAGCCGAACAAGAAGUCACUUAUUUUCUAGGUCUUUUGGUUGGAAACAAUUCUUAUCAUUCAUGGAACAAAAGGAGCCAACAAUUCUUCGUGCAUACACUUCUUUGUGUUUAUCCAAGUCAGGGACGUUGAAGAAAAGUGAAAUAUUGGAGUCACUAAAGAAUUCAGGACUGCCUGCAAACGAAGACAAUGCUGUUGCAAUGAUGCGAUUUCUAAAUGCUGACACAGAAGAAUCUAUUUCAUAUGGACAUUUCCGAAAUUUCAUGCUUCUGCUUCCCUCAGAUCGUCUUCAAGAGGAUCCUAGGAGUAUUUGGUUUGAAGCUGCAACUGUAGUUGCUGUUCCACCAUCCGUCGAAAUUCCUGCUGGAAGUGUUCUAAGAUCUGCAUUGGCAGGUGGCCUUUCUUGUGCCCUGUCUUGUGCAUUAUUGCAUCCUGUUGAUUCAAUCAAGACUCGAGUACAAGCAUCAACCAUGUCCUUCCCUGAAAUAAUUGCUAAGCUGCCAGAGAUCGGGACACGUGGUUUAUACAGGGGUUCAAUACCUGCAAUUCUUGGACAGUUUUCAAGCCACGGCCUGCGAACUGGGAUAUUUGAAGCAAGUAAGUUGCUGUUGAUAAAUGUUGCUCCAAACUUACAUGAACUCCAGGUACAAUCCAUAGCAUCUUUCUGCAGCACGUUUUUGGGCACAGCUGUGCGAAUCCCCUGCGAAGUGUUAAAGCAGAGAUUGCAGGCUGGUAUUUUCAAUAAUGUGGGCGAGGCUUUGGUUGGGACUUGGCAGCAAGAUGGUCUUAAAGGUUUUUUCCGUGGAACCGGAGCCACACUUUGUCGAGAGGUUCCAUUUUAUGUUGCUGGCAUGGGACUUUACGCCGAAUCUAAAAAGGGUGUCGAAAAGCUACUAGGACGGGAACUCGAGGCGUGGGAAACAAUUGCAGUUGGAGCUUUAUCUGGUGGCUUGGCAGCCGUUGUUACAACUCCAUUUGAUGUGAUGAAAACUAGAAUGAUGACCGCCCAAGGUCAGUCUGUGUCAAUGACCAUAGUAGCCCUCACUAUACUCCGGCAUGAGGGACCUCUUGGCUUGUUCAAAGGAGCAGUUCCUAGGUUCUUUUGGAUUGCUCCUUUAGGUGCUAUGAACUUUGCAGGUUAUGAGUUAGCAAGGAAAGCCAUGAAUAAAAAUGAAGAGGCUAAGACUGGAAAUUUAGAGUAA